AUGGCCGCCUCUUUCCGUGCUUUGAACUGCCUUCGUAAGCUAAAUAUCGGCGGUUUAAGGUCUCCGGCAAGGCUCUUACCAAGGGUAUUUGUCAUUUUUGAUAUGGUUGUAGAAGUUUUGUAUGUUUCCUUUGUAGCUAAGUGCCUCUUUGUUGUAGGUUUUGGGUGCCAAUGGCUGUCAACAUCAGCAAAUUCGGGAUUUAUCUAUCCAUGAGCACCAUAGUAUGAAACUUCUUCAAGAAGCAGGAAUACUUAUACCACAGGGAGGUGUAGCCAGAACUCCAGAACAAGCUUAUGAAAUCGCUAGUACUAUGGGUACGUAUUACUAACGAGAUUAGCUUCAAAGCUAAUCAAUUUACUAUAUGGAAAUACAGUUCAGUGGAACCUCGACUCCGCGUAAAACAAGAAUGAAUGUAUAUUGUAUUGGCAGGGUUGUCAGAAAGUUUUGAAGUAGACAGCUGAGUUUUCAAAGUAAGCGGCCAGUCCAAGGAUAUUUUAUUUAAAAAAACGCCAUCCAUAAGGAAAUGCCAAGCAGAGUAGCCGACCGAUACUAACCAAGUAGGUGACGAUUUUCAGUGGCAGCCGGCUACUUUUGACAACCCUGUAUUGGCUGGGACAAAGCAUGUGGCUUUUGUAAAUAGGUGGUCGUAAAUAGAGUUUCAACUGUGUUGUCAUGUAUGUUAUAGUUCUGGUUAGUUGAGUUGGAUAAAAUAACGCCAGUCAACUGCUGAGCAGAAGUUAGCUGGAUUAAACACCAGGCACAAAGUGCUCAAAAGAUGGACAGUGCUAUCCACCGGAUAGAUCACUAUCCAGUGGAUAAGUAUUGGGAAAACCAAUUGCACUAUUCAGUGGAUAGAGAUUUAUCUGGUGGUUGGCACUAUCCAUCUUUUGAACAACUGGGGCCUGCUGGACCAACCUUCAACAUCCUAAGUGUGACAUUUCACAUCUGCCAACACGAAGGGGUAGACAUACAGAUAGACAAACGGACAGACAAUUUUGUCACUACCAAAAUGUCUGAGAUGCAAAGAUAACCAAAUUUCCUUACCCAUGGUGCUAUGCUGCAGGGGUUUCACACGCGGAGAGCUCGGCCAUAGGGAAAGCUGUUUCAUGCAAAAUGAUUUUAGUAUUAACCACGCUUUCUGGGCACUUGCAGAACCUCUGCUUUAGCAUUGGUGCUUCAAUCAGUGACACAUUGGUGACUUUGUACACUGAUAUCAUGGAUGUACUGUGUUUCUAAUUAUUUUUUUUCCAGGCCUUGAGAGUGACUCUGACAUGGUAGUCAAAGCUCAGGUUCUUGCUGGUGGACGUGGAAAAGGCACUUUCGAGGGAGGGCUCAAGGGGGGUGUCAGGAUUGUGUUCUCGUGAGUAAAAUAAUAUACUGUGGAGUGAACUUACGUAUUUAAUUUUACAUGCGUUACCUACUGUAAUUUAAUGUCCUAUUAAGCUUUUAAUUUUUAUUCAUGUAUAAUUAAUUUUAUGCAUGUCUACUGACAAUAUGCAAAAUGUUUGUUGUUAUUUUGCUUCUGUACUUUCUGUUAUUGUGCAUGAAAACAUAACCGCAUUUGAUACGCAUGAUUGAUGACUGCAUAGUGAUAGUAUAUAAUAUUAUUGCCUAUGUCUUAUAUUAUUUUAGGCCAGAGGAAGCUAAAGAAAUGGCAUCCAGAAUGCUUGGUAAAAAACUCUUUACAAAACAGACGGGAGAACAGGGAAGAAUAUGCAAUGAAGUAAGUCCACAUAACCCCAUACAUUAAUUAUGCAUACAUGUUUUGACUCUAUCCAUGUUAACUAUAUUAUUUACUACAGGUCUACAUUUGUGAAAGACUCUAUGCAAGAAGGGAAUACUAUUUUGCAAUUGCUAUGGAAAGAGCAUUCAAGGUAGGCUGACUGUAAAUGUGCCUAUAGCCUAAUUGUAAUACAAAUAGACUGAUGUUGUAAAGCAGCAGACUCAAAUGUUGGAUAGCACUAUCCACUAUUGUGCUAAAGUGGAGAGUGUUAUCCACCUUUUUAUCAUCUGGGUCCAGACCACUCUUGUUUGAAAAUUAAUUACCGUACAUGUUGGAAAUUACAUUAUGGAAAUCUUGUUGGUGGAUAAUAUUGAGGCUCAAUUCAUAGACAUUAUUGUGCCACCCGUCUUAUGAUAAAGAGCUGUGCCCACUAAGUGUUAGUCCGAACUGGCCAACCAGACCAGUCCAGUCGUAAAGAGAAUUUCAUUUAUUAUUCAGAACUGUCCAGUCACAUCACUCUGUUUCUAAAAUGCUACAUUUAUGCAUGGCAGUAAUGGUUUUUCUUUAGCAAAUUGAUUCUCGGUGUUCUUGGUAUAGUUCAUUUUCCAUUAUUUGAAGUACCCUAGUAAUGAAGCCUUCCUGAAGGAAGGUAUUGCAAUAAGCGAACCCCCCUCCACCUACGUAUUUGAAAGGUCUGGAAACCUUCACGUGGAACUGAAGUACGGAUAUUUUCAGUAUUGUUUUGAAUUGGAAUAAUGAUGGCGACACAGACAAAAGGGCAGAAGGGUCAGUGUCUGUACAAUAAUAAAUGGUAACUUGACCCUCAAUACAAAGUCUGGGGUGAGUUCAUUCAAGGCAGAAAAGAGAAAAACUUUGUGAAAAUGGUGUGACUGGUUAACAGAGCGUGUUGAAAUCUCACACCAGAGACAAAAAGCUCAAACAAAACAGCAGGUAUAAAGGGAAGCUGUCAUUCUACGGCAUGCAAAGAAAGUAGUGUCCGACAGCCCGGGGCUAGUGGAUUUUACUAUCAGGCUAGUGAAUUCUGUUUUUAACUUGCCGAUGGGCAAGUGAUGUUUUUUGAAGAAUUCGAAUAACAGAAGAACUGUGAAAUCAAUUCUGCUCGUCAAAAAGCUUUUGGGUCUAAUUGAAAUGACAUCUGGGCUAGUAAAUGCCGAAUGGCAAGUUGUAAAAAUGAUUUUCUUUGCACCCUAUUCUAUGUCACACCAGAUGAAACACUGAGAAAAAAGUUUAAACAGUGACUCGUAGGGGGUACUUUUGAUGAACUUCAAGGUGUUUCAUCUGGUUAUAAAACACUGUGCCAAAUGCUUGAUAUCACUUCUCAAACAAAAUGACUUUAGAAGGAGAAAAUAGGGAUGCAAAAAUGAGCAGUUUUUCAUCUGAUUUCCAAACACUCAUUAAACAUUAAUUUCCUUUGUAUUUUGGUUAUAAAUUAUUGAUGAGUUUGAGAAGAUCCAAACAUGCAUGAUCAGAUUGCAUCCUGUAAUUCCAGUCAUUCUUAGUGGAAGUCGAGUUGCUGGCUAAAAUAAUCAUGUACAUACGAUGUAAUUAAAUGCCUUGCAUUGAUUUCAUAAUAGUAACCUGCAGAUUAGGACUGCAGGCUCCUCUUGUCGCCUGUGGUAUGGAUUGUAACCUUUUACAAGGCUGGGUUACAAAUAAUUUCUGCCUGGUAACGUGUAGCUCUGAUGGACUGCGGAGCACGGGUCUACGCUGUAGAUCAUGAUUUCAAAAUCCUGGCCAGAUCAUGCUGGUCAUCAUGAUCAGAGACUCUGGGCCUUUAUUACAAUCUCGUGUCAGUUCAGAUGCUUGCAUCAUUGGACAGUUGUAGACUAGUAGACACUAACUUUUUAACCUGAAGGCAAAAUCCUAUGAUGGUACAUGUAAAUGGAACUUCUUUAUAAGCAGAAUAUUAAAAGUAGUCCUACACUGUACUUUAAUUCUCAAGAUAUGACAACAAAGAAUUGGAUUUUUUUUUGUGAAUUUUAGGGACCAGUAUUGGUGGGCAGCCAACAGGGAGGUGUUGAUAUUGAGCAAGUUGCCAAAGAAACGCCUGAUGCCAUUGUUAAGCAUGGAGUGGACAUUAUCAAUGGUUUGUAUCAAAUUAAAGCUCCCUCUUUGUAAAUCGCAGUAAUGUACAAAUAAUUAUUAUACCAGUAUUUGCAACAUUGAUAUUUUGUGACCAGUAAUGUUCCUGUUCAAAUGUACAUGUAUAUGGUAUGUAUUACUUUAAUGUGAGAUUUAAGUUGCCAGGGGUAGAACAGGCUUGCUAUUAACUUUCUCUGUCUAAACAGGGUGGGCUUAUACAUUUGUACAUAAAUCGUUUAUGUGUUACAGGUAAAAAUUAAAUUCAGGUUAAAAAUUUUGAACCUUGGUUGAUUAUCAAUUUUCUUUGUUGUUAAUUUUUUAAAAAAAACCUGAAUUUAAUUUUGACCUGUAACAUACAGGAUGUAUGAAAGGGAGGGGUUGGAGGGAGGGGAGGUCAAUGGAGGAUUUACAAUGUCCAUGCCUAGUCAGUAAAAGGACAAGCAUGCUGACAGCUACCUGUUAGUAAUACAUAAUUCAAGAUUAUCAAUCACUUUCCCAAUUAAAAGGUUUAUCAAAAAAUGAAGCAUUGGAGUUUGCAAGAAAGAUGGGAUUCAGUAAACAAUGUGUGGACCAGGCUGCAGACUGGAUGAUUCGCUUGUAUGAUCUGUUUAUCGAAAAAGAUGCUGUCAUGGUUGAAAUAAACCCAAUGAGUGAAGAUCUGCUGGGCAGAGGUAUAAUUACUGUUUUCAUUGUUAUUGGCCGUGUCAUUCAUUGUUAAACAGAUGUAAAAUAAUAAACGAUAAGUAUUGUUUAAGCAAUAGAAAAUGUUUUUCGUGUUUGCUUGGCCUGAUAUAAACACGAGAGGGGUUGGGAGAAUUUGAGACAGUUUUUUCAAAAGGCUUACAGUGUAACUUUCUUACAAAUAAUUGCUCAUGAAUUUGAAUUGCAGUUGUCUGCAUGGAUGCCAAGCUUCUCUUUGAUGACAAUUCAGAAUUCAGGCAGCCUGAUGUGUUCACGUUGAAGGAUUGGUCACAAGAAGAUGAGAGGGAGGUGGAAGCUGGACAAGCAAACCUUAACUACAUAGGUCUUGAUGGAAGCAUUGGAUGCUUAGGUAACCUUCAUAGCAAUUUGGAAUAGUUUAGUAGCCUGUUCCAGGCUCUCAGAUAGUGGGGAAGAUGCGGAAGUGAAAGCCAUGUGAAAAGUUGGCGAAAAGUUUCCUCCCAUUUUAUUUUCAUGUUCUCUCUUUCUCAAUCCCCGCCUGCCCGACUAUCUCGGAGCCUGGGACAGGCUAUUGACCACUACAGAAAAUACCAUGAUAUACCACAAUACUCUUUGUUGGUCACUCCAAAAUUUUGCAUAAGCAGUGUCGUCAGUUUCUCUUGGGAGUUAAAAUGGCCCCACGAGAAACUGAAAACAAUGCUUAUGCAAAAUGUAGUGGUGGUUCAUGUAUGUUAUGGUAUUUUAUGUAGUGGUCAAUUAGUGUAGGUAAACAGCAGUAGGAUGUUCUGCCAUAUCAGUCUUUCAUUUUUACGGGCCUUGUUGUUCAAAUGGCAAAACGGAUGAUAGUACAGUGACUUUUUCUACUAUCCUCUGAAUGAAUUAUCAGCUUUCUCCAAGAAGACAGAUGCGUACCAUUGGGACCAGUGCUUAGUGUUCAUCUUUAUUGAGAGAUGUCCUGAAGAAAGGCAGGGAUCAUCUCUACGUGCCCCUUUAAGAUUGCUGUCCUCCUUAUGAAGCAUUACAAAUGGACUGAAGAAUGAUGAGAACCAACUCUUAGGUGUCUCUGGUGUGUCAUCCACCAUACAGACAAUCAACGAACUUGAUUGAAGAAUGACAGGAUCCAACUCUAUCUGUCUGUUUUAGAGGGGUGGCCGUCGGGUGAAAUUUUAAAAAAAAUGACUGAAGAAUGGUAGGGACCAAGUCAUCGUGUCCCUAUUAGUGUGGUGUUCAGUAACGUACCUUAUAGAGAGUAAGAGAAAGGCAAGGCCAACUUUACAUGACACUGGGGCGACUUUUGCACUGGCACAAGUUCACUCCAGUUGCCAUUCGUAGCUCUGUAUUUGUUUACAUGAUACCACCACAAACUGUCAUGCUGGCAUGAGUCACACCGGUGUGAGUUCACUGCGGCACAAAAUUUCGCAACAGUAUCAUGUAAACUCAAAAAGACCACUCGUUUCAGUGUGAAAUCGGUCUGCUGGCAGACUGGAAUGGGUAGCGCAUGCGUAAUGUUUACGAUUUUGUCUUGCACUUGUAUUUUAUCAACAUGAAGUGUACCUUCAUGACCAUCAUAUAAACGAAAUAUGAAAUGACCCAAUCAACAAGUUAACGGGGUACAAAAUCAAGAAGCCAUCCAGGUAUGAAACUCGUGCUGGUGCGAGCGUUCUCAUGUGAACACCCCCUGAGAUGUCCUUUUCAUUGUGCUCUCCGCCCGGGGGGGGGGGGGGGGANCCCUUAACCUAUACCAGAGCUAGUUCAGCUGAAUUUUGCUACCCUAUACUAGAGUAAACUCCCCAAAUCCCCCCUAUCCUAGAGUAGCUGUUUCCCUUGUCUAGAUAAAAUCUUCAACCAACUGAUCAGUUUCCUGAAAAAUGAUACCCUAUUCUAGACCCAAACGUUUAUAUACCCUAUCCUAGAGUAAACUGCUUAAAAAACCAUACCCUUCACAGCGGCACAUACCUAUAUAGCCCAUAUAUGACAGUACCCCCCCCCCCGGGGGGGCUCUCCGCCACAUAGCGAGCCAAAGAAAAAAUCGAUUGGAGCCAAUUCUAGGUUUCCUUUUCAGGGAUUCAGUGAAAGGUCUUGAGUAAAACCCUAACAUGAGAUCUUGCUCGCACGCUAUUGACUUACUCACUGAUAAAACAAUUACAGGACGUGAGUGUAAUUUUGGAUUUUUCCCCUUUAAAAAUUGACAACAGUAAAUGGAGCGGGUUUAGCCAUGGCCACAAUGGAUAUUAUAAAGCUUCACGGUGGUGAACCAGCAAACUUUCUGGAUAUUGGUGGUGGAGCUACAAUAGAUCAAGUCAAGGCUGCUUUCAAGAUCAUCAGUGAGGACAAAAAGGUACAAUCUACACAACGAUGCUUCAUUACUGUUUCGCAAAGAUGAUCAGGAACUAAAAAAUUUUUUUUUUUAUUUGGUUGUGCUUCCCACUAAGACCUUUUCUACGGUAUUGUUUGAGGUGCGGCGUUUGUAAAACAAAAGAUACAUUGUAAAUUGCCCAAAAGAGUUUCCGACGAUCAACCAAACUUCGUUUACUUUAGAACCCGAACAUUAUAUCACUAUCCUCCAAUACCGGGCGUGUUUUUAAAGGCCAAGGAAAACGAGAGGUUUCUGAGAACCUCGUUCCAGCUUGUGAACACGUGAAUUAUUAAUAUUACUGAAGGGAAACGAAAAACAGUUCGAGUUAACGGGGAAUUCGAGUUAUCGAGGUAAAUUUCAGUGAAAGUUUGAUCAAGGGAAAGGAAAUUUAGCUCGAAUUAGAGGGGAAUUCGAGUUAUCCGAGUUCGAGUUAUCGAGGUUCUACUGUAUUUUUUUGUUGUUGUUUCAGUAAGAUUAACUUUGAUUAUUUUGUUUUUUAAUGUAAUGCGCAGUAUUUUUUUGCGUAGAAUUAACACCAUAUGCUUUAUUCAAGGUUCACGCCACCCUUGUAAACAUUUUUGGUGGUAUUAUGCGCUGUGACAUCAUCGCUGAAGGAAUCAUUGCUGCUGCUAGGGAGCUGGACCUUAAUAUGCCUGUUGUUGUACGGUUGCAAGGUAGGAAAUAUCCAAAAAGCAAAUCCCUCUCUACAAAAUUGAAGUUGUAUCGUAGGGUUGGGGAGACAUUUAGUGUGUAGGUGCAUAAUUAGGUUUAUAAAUCAACCUCUUAUAUAACUGUAUAUGUCCUUUAAUGGCUUUCGCGAGGGCACCUUGCCGAAGUCGUUGUUGGCCGUCUGCUGGAUAAGGGUAAUCUGCGAGCAGGCUUACUUGUGCGAGGUCGUGGCAAAGAUGUUAGGCUGAUUUAGCAACAGAACGAGAACGUCAGUUGACGACGGCGAGCACAAACUAAACAACCGGCUUGACCAAUGGCAGAGCGGCAAAUUGGGCACCGGAAGUGGUGUUGAGUCCUUUCCGCGCGCUUUCCCGUCGUCAACUGACGUUCCCGUCCUCUUGCUAAAUCAACCUAAUAGCAGCGCUAGGCGGCAUUACUGGUAAGAAUAAUGGCGAGAGAAAGUCACUUUUCCUCGCACGUAGGCGGCUCCGACGCCAAAAUUUUUCCCGAGCUCGGCCUCUGGGAGCAAGUUUGUAUGUCCCUACGGUGGCGAAUCCAGGGGAGGAGCCCCCCCCCCCCCCCCCCUCUUUUUUUUCAAAACAACGACCCCGAGGGCUCAAAAAAAAUUUUUUUGUUAUGACACCACCCACCCCUCCGCCCUUUAGCGUCUCUAACCCUCCCUCCACACCCCUCCCCACCACGACAGUAGGGGGCCCCCGCGCCAAAAUUUUUCCCGAGCUCGGCCCCGGGGGGAAAAUUUUGGUGUCCCCACGGGGGCGAAUCCAGGGGGGGGGCCCCCCCCCCCCCCCACCUUAUUUUUAGACCAAACUUAGGCCCGAAGGGCUGAAAAAACUUUUUUUUGAGACAGGCCCCCUCCCCCUUAUCUCAUGGUCUUGAUGACCGCCCCCUCCCUCCCCCUCCCCCUUAUCUGAAGAUCUGGAUCUGCCACUGUCCAACACGUCUGGCUCUUUACACAUGUUCCAAAACUCGGAACACCCAGAAAUAAGUCAAAUGAAUGGGAAAAAAAAAUUUUACAAUUUAGGGUUGGGGGCUACUUCACAUUUCACCUAUUGCCAGGUUUUCUGGGUUGUUUUGGGGGUUUCUCGGACAGUUCCGGUGUUCCCCGUUUUAGUACAUGACGAUUCUCUGGAUGAAGUCCUUAGGUGUGACUACUCAAAAUAGUUCAGUCUCCUUGACAGUAACUGUACUUUGGGAUGUUUGUUUCUCUGUAUUUUACGGGAAAAAAAAAUCCAUUUUCGCUUUAGAUUUGAUUUUGCGCACGCUUAAUUGUUUUGCGUGUUUUUGUUAAGUCGUAGAGGGAUGAGAAAAAUAUCUUUUCUUGAGAUCUUGUACUAACAAGUUAUGUGAGUGCUAGUUAACUGCUUUACAAUAAAGUGGGUGGUGGUAGCCUGAAAAAAGCCGACGUUUCGCGAGGCCACAAUGGUUUCCUCGCGAAAUGACGCCUGGGGAACGAGCACAGAGAUUCCAUACUGAUGACGUGUCACUACCAAGAUCUGGGUAUCGCUCCUGAUUGGUUGAAGUUAUUUUCCUCCCGGCACGACUACUUGUAAUCAGAAGAACUACCCAUAACUGGGUAGUAAUACGUGACCACUAUGGAAUUUCUGCUCUCGCAACUCGGACGUCAUUUCGCGGGGACACCAUUUCGCUGUUUUUUCAAGCUAGGGUGGGAAAGGGAGUCUCCUUUCGCUACUGGUGCUGCAAGUAACACCAGAGAAAUCAGGUAUAAUAACGUGUUAUCUCCCGUUUUUCUUUUAGGAACUAGAGUGGAUGAUGCCAAGGCACUGAUCGCUGCCAGUGGGCUGAGAAUUAUCGCUUGUGAUGACUUAGAAGAAGCUGCUGAGAUGGUGAGUUAGUUCAUUUUAUUUCAAGAAGUUACUUAGGCUCCGAACGUACUAAACGUUUUCGAGUUAGCGGGGAAUUCGAGUUAUCAGGGUAAAUUUCAGUGAAAGUUUGAUCAAGGGAAAGGAACCGCCGCCUGGUUAGUUCAGUUGGGAGAGUGCCUGUCUGCCGAGCGGGAGGUCGCGGGUUCAAACCUCGGCCGGACCAACACUCAGAGUCUUUAAAUAACUGAGAAGAAAGUGCUGCCUUUGUAAUGACAUCUGCAAAAGGUUAGACUUUCUAGUCAUCUCAGAUAAGGAAGAAAAACCGUAUCCUUCUCACAGCACUUUCACUUAUCUGUUCUUGUGGGACGUAAAAGAAACCACAUCACUAUUCGAAAAGAGUGGACCCCAGCGCUGUGGCCAACCAACCUUUACGGGUUGUGGGAUUUGGUAGGGAUGGCACCUGGCAUGGGACCUGAGUCCGGUUCGUGCACAUUCCCUCUGGGCGGGCCUGUGUCCAGAAAAGUUGGUAAAUAAAUAAAUAAAUAAAUAAAGUAAAUAAAUUUAUUUCGAGUUAGCGGGGAAUUCGACGAGUUAUCCGAGUUCGAGUUAUGUAGGUUCUACUGUACAAUUAAAUAUUUUUAAGAAGAAAUUUUCAAAUCCGAUCAAUCAACUACUCAAUAUCAACUUGAGAGAAUGAUUAUUUUUGUAACCGCUGAAGCCGACCCCAAAUAAAAAUUCGUCUAGUAUGACCCCCCUAAAUAGGUACAAAAAUUUCCGCUUAUUCGCUCCUUCCCUGAUUUUGUAUCUUUGUCUCUGUCUCCAGCAGCAAAAUGAAUACACAGGCUAGCGCCGACAGCGUCCUUAUAACUGGUCGCGACUGGUUUUCACGAGCUGUAGUCGCUAAAUGUAUUUCGAAGUAAACCCGGACCAAAAACCUCUACAGAGUGGUAAAUUCAGGGGUCAUAUUUCCCUAUUCGUCGGCGUUAAAAUGAAAGACAAGCUUCCUGCUUUACACCCUUCUUUUUUUUUUUAAUUUUCACAACAACGAAAUAUCAAUUCUUUUUUAAAGAAAGAAAACAUUGCGAAAAGAAACAGUUCGGUUAUAUAUAAUUGUUAUUCACUUCUACUCACUUUUUUUACGUUUUGUUCACUUUUUCUUUUUCCUCUACUUUUCUCGGGAUCAUUUACGGUCGAGGACCAUUUGCGGUCCAUUUUGGGGGCGAUUUGGGAUUUGGAGAUCAUUUACUGUACAGGUCAACUCACUCAAAGAGCACGCGCGAGCGCUGUUGGCUCUCUUUUUUUUUCUUAUGAAUAACCCUUUUAGUGACCAUCAUCAGUUUUCUCCCAACGAUAUCCAUAGAUUGUCAAGAGACAAGGUUAUGAGAAUAAAUAAAAUGAUCACCUGAGAAAAAUGCUUUGAUCUUUUAACAAAUUCUCUCAACACAUUUUUUAAGGAAAUGUAUAGAGAUCAGUUUGGAGAAUUUGUAUUUCUAUAUUGAGGCUUAAAGGGUUAAAAGCUCGCAAAAGUUGACUUGACUGGGAGGGUGACCCUUUUUUUCUCUGUUUUUAUUGCAGGUUGUCCGUGUUUCCAACAUUGUUGAGCUCGCGCGAAGCGUAAAAAUGAAGGUCAACUUCGAGCUGCCUAUCUAGCGACAUUAUGUUUUGUGUAAUAUAGCAAUCAUCUGGUAGUUUGUUGGUUCUAUAUUCUUAAGCGGACCAGUAACUUUUGGUGACCUUUUUAAUCCCCCAUGAUGUGGUCAUUUCAAACGUGGCACUAUACUAAGAUAUUUUUUUCGGUGAAUGAAGAAAAAUGACAUGUUAGUUCAUUUAUGGAGUUGCGAGUCCUUGCCUUGAGCUUAUACACUUAAUACUGGUUUCUUCCUUUUCGACGGCAAGUGUAUUUAUGUCACAAAAUUUUUAUUGAUGUAUCUUUAUUCUCGGGGAAAGAGUGUAUAUCAUCAAGGC